AUGGUGGGAGGGGCUCCGGCUGCAGUGGCCCCAGCAGGGGUGUCGGACAAGGCGAAAGGGGACCUUCUCCUUGCAGAGGCCUCCACUGCAGAGCCUGCGACAGUCGGCGCGCCCCUGUGCGAUCGUGCCCCUCCCCCGCAGGUAUCCGCGAUGGCACUGGCUAUGCUUCGUGGCUGGUGCAGGUGGAUGGGCAUGGAUGCUCAGCGCUCGCUGCUCAUCCUGGGCACUCCCCACGACUGUGAGGACCAGGAAUUCCAGGAGGCCGCGCAGGCUGCCCUCCAGCCCCUGGGAAGAUACCGAGUACUGGGCAAGGUGUUCAGAAAGGAGUUCAGAUCCAAGGUCGCCUUGGUGGAGAUGGCUCAGUAUUUAAACCGAAGUGUGAUCCCCCGACAAAUACCAGGCAUGGGAGGACCCUGGACUGUGGUCUUCCUGCCCCAGGCCCCAGAAUCAGAGUCACAGGAUACACCCAAUUUCCUUGCACAGACCCAGAGGCAAGCAGGGGUUGCCUUGGCAGGCGAGGCAGGAGCUGGGGAUGGGGCAGGAGCUGGAGGCAAGGCAGCUUCUGGAGGCAAGGAAGGGGCUGGAGGCGGGGCAGGAGCUGGAGGCCAGGAGGGAGCUGGAGGCGGGCGUCUGGAGGCGGGGCAGCAGCUGGAGGCGGGGCAGCAGCUGGAGGCGGGGCAGGAGCUAGAGGCCAGGAGGGAGCUGGAGGCGGGGCAGCGUCUGGAGACGGGGCAGCAGCUGGAGGCGGGGCAGGAACUAGAGGCGAGGAGGGAGAUGGAGGCGGGGCAGCAGCUGCAGGCGGGGCAGGAGCUGGAGGUGAGGAAGGAAGCGAGGCAGAAGCUGGAGGCGAGGCAGGAAGUGAGGCAGGAGCUGGAGGAGCUAGAGGCGAGGCAGGAGCUGGAGGCGGGGCAGCGGCUGGAGGCAGGGCAGCAGGUGGAGGCGCAGAAGGAGCUGGAGGUGAGGAAGGAACUGGAGGCAAGGCAGGAACUGGAGGCAAGGCAGCGGCUGGAGGCGGGGCAGCGUCUGGAGGCGGGGCAUGAGCUGGAGGCGAGGCAGCAGCUGGAGACGUGGCAGCGGCUGGAGGCGGGUCAGCGGCUGGAGGCCAGGAAGGGGCUGGAGGUGAGGAAGGAACUGGAGGCUAGGCAGCAGCUGGAGGCGGGGCAGGAGCUGGAGGCAAGGCAGAAGAUGGAGGCGGGGCAGCGGCUGGAGGCAAGGAAGGAGCUGGAGGCGGGGCAGCAGCUGGAGGCGGGGCAGCAGCUGGAAGGAAGGAACUGGAGGCGAGGCAGUGGCUGGAGGCGAGGAAGGAGCUGGAGGCAGGGCAGCCACUUGGGCCAGGCAGGGCCUGAAGAGGAAGCAGGAGAGUCAGAUGAGGAGGGAGCCGCUGGGGACGCAGGAAUUGCAGGUUUGUUAGGAUCUGUGAGUGUGGCAGGAGCUGCAGGUGAGGCGGGACCUGCAGGUGAGGAAGGAGCUGUGGGUGUGGCAGGAGCCAUAGGUGCGGGAAGAUCCUGGACCCAGCCUUGGAGCCCGGCCUGGCAGCCUGUGCUGGAAAACAGGGCCUCUAUGAAACUGAGAACCUUUCCUGGAAUGGAAGAGCCACACCGAGAAGAAGAGUCCUUUGAGAGCUGGCUGGAUCACACCAGCGACAUGCUGUACCUGUGGUGCCACAUCACAGAAAGGGAGAGGAGGAGGAGGCUGAUGGAGAGCUUGGGUGGCCCCGCACUGGAUCUCGUGUGCGGCCUCCUGGCAGAAAACCCUGACGUCCCUGCACAGGAUUGCCUGGCCGCGCUGGUCCAGGUGUUUGGGAGGAAGGACACCCCCACGACCGCACGGCUGAAGUUCCUGACCUGUGGCCAGCGGCCCCAGGAGACUCUCUUUGUCUAUGUGAUUCGCCUGGAAGGCCUGCUGCAGUCGGCCGUGGAGAAGGGGGCCAUCCAUCCCAACGUUGCGGACCAGUUGCGCGCCCGGCAGGUGCUGAUGCGGGCCCGCCCCAACGAGAUGCUCGAGAACAAGCUGAGGAGGAUGCGGCUGGACAGGAGACCACCUGGCUUCCUGGGCAUGCUGCGGCUCAUUCAGGAGACCGAGGCAUGGGAGGCCACCGCAGCUAGGAGUGAGCACUUGCAAGUGGAAGAGGGGGCCCGUGUGGGCACCGGAGGCCUGGCCGCUGCCCGGGCCAGUGGAGAGGUUGCCGAAGCCUCCCCAGCCAGGGAAGAUGCUUCCCAGGCUGCCCCGGCCAACCUAGGGGCCAGUGAGGCCGUUCCUGGCAGUGCCGAAGCUGAUACGGCUGCUCCUGAAGCCCAUGAUGCCGCCAGGGCAGCCCUCGUCCCUGAGGAGGCCCCCAAGAUCUUCCCUGCCACGCAGGAAGAUGAAAAUGCUCCCGCCUCUGCGGGCCUAGCUCAGGCAAGGGCGAUGGGCAGCGCUUCCAGGGAGGGCCCGGGAGGUCCUGGCUGUGAGCCGGAGGGCCUCGCCCAGGCAGGAGACCAGGAGGCUGGGGAGCCCCUGGAGGAGGGGCCCAAGCCCAUCCCAGAGGAGUCGGGAAACGAGGACGGGGCUGGGGAGGUGAGGCCCCCCAAGUCCUCCUCGGGCAAAUAGGCUCAGAAGGCCCAGGGGCCCCCUCUCCUCUCAGGCAGCAGCGCUCUGGAGGCAGGGGGAGGCCACGCCAGGGCAGCAGCCUCUCCCCACAUGGAGGCAACAACCCACCCAGCCCAAAUUCCCAGGACCCCAUCUUCCCAAGGCACCCUGGCCACCACCAUCAGCCCUUCCAACGGACCAGGAUGACCAUACUUGAUGCAGAGUGGGGCAGGGAGAGGUGCCCCCUCCCAUGGCAGCUCCACCCCAGCCCCAGCCCCAGCCCCAGCCCCAGCCCCAGCCCCAGCGCGAAACCCUGCCAGUCCAGGCAGCCAGCCUGGGAAGCACCCCUGAGUGGCUGGCCCUAGCCUAGGUGAGGGGCACCUGAAAAUGUGUGCCACCCACACUGGCCUGGGAGAUGGUAGGGGCCGUCUCAAGGGUGCCGGCCCCUCGGGCCGCCCAAGAGGGGGACCCUCAUUCACUGACCCGUGGAGCACGUCACUCCACGCUCUGAGAAGCCCACUUGUGCCUCUGUAGGCCACUUAGUGACGACCCCCCCCCCCCCGUGUCAAGUGGCACCCCCAGCUCCCCCUACACGCACCCUAGUUACCAUUCCCGUGCAGAGCCCUGAGGUGUGCAGGAGCCCGCGGCGGGUGUCCUGGCCUGACGCAGCAGCCACCUCUCAGCCCCGGGUGUGUGGCACGAGCUUCAGUGCGAGCCCAGGCUCUGCUCGCUGUCGUGCGGUGUCGUGAGCUCAGCCCAUGCUUCCUCGGUGUAGGUUUAGGCCAACUGCUGCUUGUUCUUGUGGAGAUGUGUGUGUGUUCUUAUCUGAGCAGCCGCCCCCACCCCGCCCCGGAGACCUGUCGAAGCCCAGUCCCAGGAGAUGGCGGGAAGGACAGAAGAAGGCACGGCUGGUGCUGACCCCGCGACCUCAGGAAGGAGGCACUGGACCAAGGACAGAGGUGGCCUGCGGGAGUCU